CAAGACGAAUUGUUUCACAGCGCGUUGUGAUCACUUACGUGGACAACAGUUUCAAUUGUGAGUUUUGGACAUGCGAGGUACAUUCAGCCAAAGAUGACCGACGUCCGCUCCCUUCUUGCCGCCGAACGGCAGUCUCGGCGCAUCACCCAUCCUCACCUCUCAUACACAAAAUCUGGCGUGUUACUAUGUACGAUCUGCAACCUGAACGUCAAGUCUGAGGCACUAUGGGAAGGACAUCUGAGGAGUGCCAACCACCGCAAGAAUGUCGUCCAGCAGUCACAAGAGAGCACAAACAGGCCCACCAAGAGAAAGAUCGAGGAUGUAGAUGAAGUGCAAGAGGAACGCUACGAGGCCGACCAUUUAGAUGCCCGAAAGAAAGCAAAGUCAAAGUCACGGCCGAAGAGUGUAUCUUUCGUGGUGAAGGAUGAGGUGGAGGAAGACUCCGUCCCAGUACAGGUUGAGGCAGAGCCAGAAAAAAGACAGUUCGAUCGACCGUCCUCACCUGCGCCUGCCGAUGCAGAAACAUCAAACCACGUUACGAACACAGCAGCUCCUCUUACAAGCGACCCAGCACCGGGCCCUGGUGUGGACGAAGAUGAGUGGGCUGCGUUCGAGCGAGAAGUUGCUCCGCUGGCUGCGGCGCAACCACCACCAGACUAUACUUCGGCCACGAUAGUAGCAGCCCCUGUGACAGCGGAGCAGAUCAAAGAACAAACAGACGAGGACCGGCGGAAACGACUGGAAACAGAAGCAGAGGACGAGAAAGAGGAUGAAGAGAGGCGUCUAGAGGAAGAAUUCGACGUCAUGGAGGAAAUGGAAGAACGUGUCCGGAAAAUGCGAGAGAAAAGAGACGCAUUGAGGCAUCCGGUGCAAGCUGGAACCGAUACUGGGCAAGAAGAAGCCACUACGACGGCCGUCACCACUGAGCAGGAAAUGAUUGUGAAGGGAAUUGAAGAAGAAGAAGAUGACGAUGAAGAGGAUGAAGAUGACUGGUAUUCAUAA